ACUCCACUCCAGCACCAAUUUUUAAAAAUUGAACUACCAAUUAGGUCAGCAGGUGACAUAUACUACUCUACACACAACACACAGCAGAACAAAGAGGCUCAAGUUGAGAGAAAAGCAGACGCCUCGUUUAAUCCAAUUGAAUCUCCAUGGGAAACCCUAACAAAGAUCUCGACAUGUCCGAUCUCGCCGCCUCUCUCCCCGCCGCCGCCGCCGCUUUAAGUGCUGAGGAUCGUGCUGGCCUUGUUGAUGCGCUUAAGAAUAAGCUUCAGAACUUGGCUGGAGAACACUCCGAUGUGUUGGAAUCGUUGUCUCCUGUGGUUCGGAAGAGAGUCGAGUUUUUGAGAGAGAUUCAGGGCGAUCAUGAUGAAUUGGAGGCUAAAUUCUUUGAGGAGAGAGCUUUGCUUGAAGCUAAAUACCAAAAACUGUAUCAACCUUUAUACACCAAGAGAUAUGAAAUUGUAAAUGGAAUUGUUGAAGCUGAAGGAGCUAGUGAGGCUUCAGCUGACAAAGAAGGCGAAGAAGAAAAAGGAGUGCCUGAUUUCUGGCUCACUGCAAUGAAAACUAAUGAGGUUUUGUCAGAGGAGAUUACUGAACGUGACGAGGAGGCUCUCAAGUACUUGAAAGAUAUCAAGUGGUAUAGAAUUGACGAUCCCAAGGGCUUUAAGCUUGAGUUCUACUUCAAUACAAACCCUUUCUUUAAGAAUACCUUGUUGACAAAAACAUACCACAUGAUUGAUGAGGAUGAACCUAUUCUGGAGAAGGCAAUUGGGACGGACAUUGAAUGGUAUCCAGGCAAAUGUUUGACGCAGAAGAUUUUAAAGAAAAAGCCAAAAAAGGGGUCAAAGAAUGCAAAACCUAUCACCAAGACUGAAGAUUGUGAGAGCUUCUUCAAUUUCUUCAGCCCACCCGAGGUGCCUGAGGAUGAUGAGGAUGUUGAUGAUGAAGUUGCAGAGGAGCUUCAAAAUCAAAUGGAACAAGACUAUGACAUCGGAUCAACCAUUCGGGACAAAAUUAUCCCUCAUGCUGUUUCAUGGUUUACUGGGGAAGCUGUGCAAGGAGAUGAUUUUGAAGAUAUUGAUGGUGAUGAUGAUGAAGAUGAUGAUGAAGAGGAGGAUGAGGACGAAGAUGAAGAGGAGGAUGAGGAUGAAGAGGAAGAGGAAGAGGAAGAAAGAAAAAACAGAAAGAAGAAGGGUGGAAGAGCACCUGGUGGGGAAGGUCAGCAGGGUGAGCGUCCCCCGGAAUGCAAGCAGCAGUAAUUGAAUCAAGUUCUGUAGUUGAUUGUUGAGUUGGGUGUUUAUCUUGAUAUGCUUGGUAUUUGAUGGUUUUGGCUCUUUGAUCUUGUCGUACUCACCAUGAUUUGUGUUUGUGGAAGUACGAGUCGUUUUAUAGGAUGAGUUGAAUCCAUCCUUUUAAGCUCUUGUGUUCUGUCAGCUUUUGCCUUCGUGAAGAAGUUUCAGAUGAACCAUUACAAUUAUGUCUAGCAGCUUUCUUAAACUUCUGCAAUUAUUUGUUAUUAUAUUUUAUACAGAUGUAGAAGGAAUGCAAGAUUAGAAACAUAUUUUUGGCCUAUGCAAAGCUUAUCUUGGUUGUUACUAUA